UUCACAUGACUGAGAUCAGCAGACGAAAUUUACAUGUUUAGUGUUAUUUUGUCGUGACAACUCAUCAUGCACAGGCUGUUUGGUGUUAUUCUUGUUUUGUUGCAAACAAAAUUAAGUUUGUCAUCUCCAGAAACCUACUACUUCACGGACAAAUACGGUCAUGGUCGUCUUUUCGAUGGCAUUGGUGGACUGAGUGCAGGAGCGUCUUCAGUCCUGUUGAAAGGGUACCCAGAAAAACAGAGAAAUGAAAUUUUGGACUACAUGUUUAAGCCAAAUUUUGGAGCAGCCUUUCAGAUCCUGAAAGUUGAGAUAGGUGGCGAUGCUCAAAGUACAGAUGGGACAGAGUCCACGCACAUGCGAACACCGGACGAGGAGAACUACCAGAGAGGAUAUGAAUGGUGGCUGAUGUUGGAGGCGAAGAAGCGGAACCCCAACAUCAAGCUGUACUGCCUGCCCUGGGGGUGGCCUGGCUGGGUGGGAGGGGACAAGGGGGACGUGUACGCCAACCCUGAACAGACAGCCAUGUAUGUUGUCAAGUGGAUCAAGGGAGCAAAGACGGUGCAUAAUCUCACUAUCGACUAUGUUGGGAUAUGGAAUGAAAGGAUGUACAACAUCACCUACAUUAAGACACUGAGGAAAACAUUGGAUAGUAAUGGCUUGCAGAACACCAGAAUCAUAGCUGCGGAUUACUUCGGUUGGGACACCCUAUCUGAUGCCAUCAUAAACGAUCCUGAAUUAUCAGUAGACAUCUAUGGAAUUGGUGUUCACUACCCCGGAACCACCAGUUCCCUCAAGGCCCUGGAGUCCGGCAAACAGCUGUGGUCAUCUGAGGACUACAGUACUAACGAUGAUUUCGUUGGAGGAGGCUGCUGGGCAAGACUCCUCAACCAGAAUUAUGUCAAUGGAUUUAUGACAAGCACAAUCUCCUGGGCGUUGUUAGCCAGCUGGUAUGAAGGCCUGCCCUACUAUGGAGAUGGUCUGAUGACUGCCAUAGAGCCGUGGAGUGGACACUAUGAUCUGGCUAGUCCUCUAUGGCUGACCGCACACACAACUCAGUUCACCAGUGUUGGUUGGCGGUAUCUGAGUCAUGGCUGGGGGGUGGGGCACCUGUCAGGAGGGGGGACCUAUGUUGCCCUGGUCAGCCCUGAUGGGAAGGACUUCACCAUUGUCAUAGAGACUAUGAGCCACAACCACUCUUUGUGCAUCAGACCAGCUUUACCAGCAUACACUGUGGUCCCGCAAGAUGUUACAUUUGUCUUCAAUGGAAGUUAUUCAAGUAUAAAGAAGUUAUACCCGUGGUUUUCACAGCUAAAUUUCACUGGAGAGUCCACAUUAUUCCACCAACAAAUGCCCAUUCCAGUGAUUGAUGGCCAGAUAAGGUUUAAACUGGGUGUAGAUCAGGUACUGACCCUGACAACAGUUGCUACAGGCAACAGGGGCCAGUAUGCACCCCCUCCACCAUCCAAACCAUUCCCACUUCCGUACUCUGUCAACUUUGAAGAGACCAGUGUCUACCAGGCCCCAGCUGUGUUUGCCCAGCAGAUUGGAUCAUUUGAGGUUGCAGAUGUUGGGGGCACGCAUGGCCAUGUGUUGAGGCAGAUGACUCUUCAGAAACCUGUAGCCUGGUGUCUUGCUGACUCUAUAGGCAUGGGGUUCACCAUCCUUGGCAGUUCCCACUGGAGUGACAUCUAUGUACAAGCCGACAUCCAGGCCCCGAACAACAGCAACGUCAGUGCAAUCUACGUCGCAGCCCGAGUCACUCAGGCAGGGUGUCAGUCUAACAUGGCCAAGGGAGUCUUCCUGUUCAUCAACCCUCAAAAGAAGCUGUAUAUCCUGUCAAGCUCUAUCAGUUUAAUCGGCAUCUUGGCGACAGGAAAAAUUGAAACACUCAACAAAGACUGGAAUACAGUGUCACUCCUGACUGUGGGAAACAGUGCAGUGGGAUCUCUGAAUGGGCAAAUGAUCUUCAACUACACCACCCUACCAACCUCAGUGCAGUCAGGAUUUGUUGGCAUGGGAACAGGAUCUCUAGGCUAUGCUGACUUUGAUUAUGUGAGGAUUGCCAGUGCCAGAGAUGGGCUACACUACAUGAAAAAUAGAAAACUAAAUAUAAGUAUUUCAAGUAAGCUGUAAGAUAAUUCUAUUUUGAUGUUGUAUAUUGUUAAGAAUGACUUCAUGUUUAGGUCAUUAUGAUUAUUUUUAAUUGUUGACUCAUACAUUCCACAUAUAUUUUCUUGCCUGUUGUCAAGAGUUUUAUCUCAGAUUGCUCACAGAAAUAUUCCAAAAUGUCAAGAUCUUUUGUCUUGCCAAGUCUUUGUACAGAAUUUGACAUGAAGAAUGUUUGCCAUAAUUUUGCACAAAUGAUUGAAAGUACUUAUAUACAUGUAUUUAUAUAAUAAGGAUAACUAGUUUUUAUGUAUUGGAGAAAACACGUUCACGAGGUUUUGGUAGACAGAGCAUGCCCUGGGGAGAGGGAAAA